AUGCCAACCACGGAAAUAAAAGGAUUCCAGGUGCUUCCGCUUAGGCUACCGGAUAGCUCUGGCACACUGUACAUAUAUUUCCGAAAACAUGAGAUGAAAGGAGCAGCAGGGGCACAAAGCAUAUCUGGCCGUUCGCUCUUCGUCUUCAACUUGCCUAUUCAGACCAACUAUCUGGUGAUUAAAAAAUACUUUCAGCAAGUUGCUAUAGGUGCGACUGUUGAAUCUUUUAUUCCUAGCAUACUCACUGAUCUUCAAGAAGAUUUCUACGUUGACUUGACCAAACUCACUUCAGAUCUUCACUAUGAGGAGGACUCGAACGGCUACAAAGAGAUCGCUCGAAAGCUUCCGAAAAAUUGUGGCAUCAUCACUUUUAUCGACAAAGCUGCAUUUCAACUCGCAUUCAACGCCCUCAAGAAGUUGUCAAACGAUGCAAAGGUCACAAACUGGCCGGUUCCUACUUUGGGGUCUGCAUUUCUUCAAGAGAAGUACCAGAAGCAAAUCUUGGACCCAGCUCAGCUAUCAGCCGCGGUUGCAACAGCUUUGGCUAACUUUAAUAGAGCUGAGCAGGAGCUGAUGGAAGAUCUCAAGAGAAGCACGCAGGUUGUCGAUGAGGACGGUUUCACGUUGGUGGUUGGCUCGCACAGAAAGACAAAAGCAGGUAUCAUGGGUAAACAGAAACUUGCUGCAACUGUGGGUCUGGAAAAGGCCAAGAGCAAGCUUAAGAAGAAAGAGAAGGAAGAUUUCUAUAGAUUCCAGUUGAGAGAGAAGAAGAAGGCCGAGAUGAAUGACUUACUCCAAAAGUUUAAGCAGGAUCAAGAGAGAGUCAAGGCAAUGAAGGAGAAGAAGAGAUUUAGACCAUACUAA